AUUUACGUGCAGUGGCGGUUACUAAACAGUUGUGGCAGGAAAUAAGAAAGAGCCGGUGGUUUUUAGAUUUGAACGCAGAUUUGUGUACGGUAGCUAGCUAUCUAACAGAGGAUAUCUGAGAUAAAAAAAUGACAUAGUUCCUUAUGGUGUGAGAGAGCUUUUUACACCAUGGACAGCAGUAAUCAGUGCUCUCGCAGUGAGGGGUAUGUUGACCCAUCCAGUCUUAUUUCAGAAGAUGGGAAAAAUUCGAAGGCAGUGGUGUGCCAGCGUUGUGGAUCCAAGGUGCUCUGCCCAGGCAUGGCUGUAUUUGCUGAAAAGGAGCUGUUUCUGCCUUCGAUGCGAAAGAAGAACACCAUUAACCAGUCUGAUGGAACUUUAGAUGGGGAUACAUUAACAGCUCACUGGCUCGUAGAUGAUAUGUACACCUUUGAGAACGUGGGCUUCACCAAAGAUGUUGGCAACGUGAAGUAUCUUAUCUGUGCUGACUGUGAAAUCGGACCCAUUGGAUGGCACAAUCUCGAUGACAAGAAGAGUUUCUAUGUAGCACUGGACAGAGUUAACCAUGAGUAGAGUGUUUGAGCUUGAUGUUGGUGUACGUGUACUACAUCCCCUAAAUGCUUUCAUGAGAACACCUUUUUGCCCAUAGAAUCAAACAACCCUUUUUAAUUAUCAGCCUGCUGGGACUACUGUUUCAUACUGGAUAAGUCUUUUUGGUUCAUUUUUUUUAGAUGCAUUUUGUUGUCAUUUUUUCGUUGUAACAAAUUUUUAUAUAAAACACUUUUGACUGUUACUAUGUUAUUAAUUACAAAUAAUUUCCAUUAAUAACUAAUUAUUUGAACAAUGAUGUAAAUGAAUCCAGUAAAAUGUUUUUUAACAUUCCCAAACUUAAGGCCUCCUUGCUGCAAUAAUAACCUCUACUGCAAAACUGGUAAACAUUGCUCAAUUUAUUUUUCUAUUAAGAUCUUGAUGGACUACUGCAUAAAGAUUGAUGUGUUUGCUAUCCUCAUCUUUUCACAUACUUAGCAGAUGGUCUGGUCACAUGUCCAAAGGAAUACAGCACAUUAACUUAAUGCUCACCUUUCAGUGGCUAAAAAGAGUCCUGUGUGAUAAACUCUAAGUGGAUUACUUUAUCACUGACUUUGGUUGUAUAUGACAGCAGCAAAGAAGUCACAAGUAGUAUCUUCAAUCUUAGCCUAAUUGGACAUAUGAGGUGUGCUAAAAUAGAAUUCACUGUGCGAAACGAGACAGUACUCUGAACUCUGACACCAUCAGACAAAUCACGAUAAAGUAACACUGCGUAGUCUCUAGUAGAGGAGACUUAGUCAUCAGAAAGCCGCUCUGAGCCACUCUCUGGACAUAAGUAUCUAAAAAUCAUCACACGACUCCUGUUUACGAAGGCAGAAGAAAGGAAGUAGUUCGUGUUAAGUGUUGGAAAUCUUGUCUAAAAGUUUUGCAGGUUUGAGCGUGGAUGAAUAAACUGAAUACAAAUCACA